AUGAAGCUGAUCGAGGUGACGACCUCCCAAAAGCACAGGGCUGUGGCAGCGCCCAUGGGGGAAAAGCCAGUGGGGAGCCUGGCUGGGAUUGGUGAAGUCUUGGGCAAGAAGCUGGAGGAACAGGGCUUUGACAAGGUCUAUGUGGUCCUUGGCCAGUUCCUGGUGCUAAAGAAAGAUGAAGCUCUCUUGGAACGGCCGAAGGACACAUGCGGGGCCAAUGCCAAGAGAGGUGCAACGCCUUCUUAUGAGGCUCUCCAGGGAGCCCCCAGCCCCUGGCCCCAGUGGAGUCUCCAGAGUUUGCAGCCGCGUGGGGACUCCUCCCCUGUCCUCUACAAAGGAAGAGAUUGCUGUUGACUCCACCUGCAAUGUACUCCAAGGUGUUUUGGGGGUUCUCUUCCCUCACCAUUUCAACUUUUUUGAAAUUCUCGCUCUUGCAUGCAUCUCCCUUCUUCCCUGCCAGUUUCAUGUCAAGCAUCAUGUCAGAUGCUUCUCUGAGUGGAUUCCCAGCCCUGACCCCACUCCCACCCCCACCUCUGGCCUGUUUUAUGCUAUUUGGCUCUUUUUUUGGCGAAAUAGUCACUGUUGUAAAGGUU